CAACGAUGGCGAUACCCAGGGGGUCCAAGAGAAAUGGCAGCAUCCACGACGAUCGAUCGAUUGUCGAAGGCCACAUCGAAAACCCAACUUAAUCGGCCUCUUGUAUCUGUAUCAAAUCUGGAGGCGUGUCGCCGACUUCUUUGUUGCGUGGAGAGGGCGUGCGGAAGCAGAAAUACGAUUGACGAGAACGAACAUAAGAUCAAUCUUGGUCGACGUGGUGCACAAGCGGGCCCCGAACUGGAGGGGCCCUCUGGUGCCGAAGAUGGUAUCCUUCCCAUCACCGUUAGUCCCAGUCCAGCUUCUACAUCAUCGCAGGAGGAUGCAUGCAAACCACCACCACGCAAUUGCUAUCGUCUCGUCAUGCUUGGUAGCGCUAGGGUCGGCAAGACCGCCAUUGUAGCACGAUUUUUAUCCAACAAAUUCGAAGAGAGUUAUACACCCACGAUCGAGGAUUUUCACAGGAAGCUUUAUAGAAUCAGGGGCGAAGUGCAUCAACUUGAUCUCCUGGACACCAGCGGAAACCAUCCCUUUCCUGCCAUGCGACGAUUAUCCUUCCUAACCGGAGAUUUGUUUGUGGUGGUGUUUAGUAUGGAUUGUCGAGAAUCUUUCGAGGAAGCAAUCAGAUUGCGAGAAGCUAUCAUCGAAACUAAGAUAAGCGCUGCCCAAGGUGUAACCAAAAGUAGAAACAAGAGUCAUUACAGCUUAAAGGUUCCUAUGGUCAUUGUGGGAAAUAAAUGCGAUAAGGAUACAAAAAGCGUCACAAUUGAGGAAGCCGAGGAGUAUUGUGCGAGUCAGGACGACUGUUGCGUUUUCGUCGAAGUUUCCGCCAAACGAAAUUACCACGUGGACGAACUUUUCUAUCAGCUUUUCGUCGUAGCCGGUUUGCCAUUAGAAAUGGCACCGAAUCAUCAUAGAAAAGUUCCUCUUACUUUUGGCUCACCCACCAUGCUACCACCAUCGCAGCCAAAGCACAAGGCAACUUUGAGCAUAAAGCGUCGAUUAAGCGACGCCUGCGGCGUCGUGGCGCCUAACGUGCGACGACCCAGCAUAAGGACGGACCUGAUGAUCAUGCGAACGAAGACGUGCUCGCUCGCGGCAGCAAACGAAAACAACACACCUGGAUCGAGAAUCAUUUUGAGAUCUACCGAAGUCGGCAGAACCUGUUCAAUUCAGUGAUACUCGCGCUAAAUUAAAUACCCAAAUAACGAAUCGAAAUAUUCGUCGAAACGAAAUAAUGGAUAAAGAAAGAGACCGAGAGAGAGAGAGAGAGGGAGAGAGAUUAAGCUUUUAAAUAAUGAACGAUUCUCCGCCUAAACGAAAGGAUAUUUGCAAACUAUAAAUAAUAAAAGAAAAAAGAAAUCAAUAAAAAUAUUAUAAAAAGGGGGAAAAAAAAACCGACCACGCUGCUCGCCUUAAUUAAUUAAUUAAAGCACUAGUGUAUUUAACGUAGUGUGUCCGAAGGUAAUAUGCCUGAUUAAAAUAAUAAUGAGCACACGAUAAGAAAAAAAAAAAGUAAAAUAAAAACAAAGCAAAAAAAAAAAA